UGUACAUCUUGACAUUGCACACGUGCUGAGAACCGUCAUAACAACCGGCUCACGUUGUUUAUAUUACAAAUCAAAGUUAUCUAUUCAUUUCAUCCCGUAGAAAUUUGGUGAUAAAUGUGCUUAUAUCGCUAGUUUUAACUAAUCUGAACAACAUGAAAGUUCGUAGCCGUCCUCCUAAAAACGUUCGCCAAGGCAAGGUGGGACGCAAUGGUCGCAACAGCAAAGUAGUUCCACAGAUAAAAACACGUAAAGAUUUGCGUAAGGAAAAGCGGGCACAGAAAAAAAUAAAUCGAUUCAACUAUCACAAUCGCAGUCGCAAAGAACGUCAACAAAGUGCGGCUGAUAAUAAUUUCGAAACGCACAAAAAACGCGGUAAAUAUGAACAGGAUAAUUCCGAAGACGAGCCGGAGGAUUUUGAAGACGAAGAGAUUCCGUCCGACUUUAGCGAUCAGGAAGAGGAAGCAAAACCUUCGGCACCACCUUCGGCAGGGAAAGGGAAAAAGAAUUCUUUCGCCAGCCAGCUGGAUGUGGAUCGGGCGAAAGAAAUGAAGGAGCUGCGCCGGUAUGAGGAAGGCCUAAAAUUGAACCGUGUCAAACAGCUCGAAGCGGCAAACGAGGACGAUGAUAGGAUCAUACAAAAGUACGAAAAGCUGUUAAAGAUAAACCGGCGCAAAAAUAAGGAAGGCGUACCGAAAAGCUUCAACGAUGGGCUCGAUUAUGCGCUGGAAUUGUGCACCGACGAUAGCAUACGCAAAAUGUACGAAGCGGCAAAGGAAGCGGCCGAACUGGAAGAAAACUCUUCGGAUGAAUUUGCAGAAGAUCUAAAGCAAGCGGUAGGAGGUGAUUUAGCCGAUGAACCGAUGAAAAGUGACGACCAGUCGUCCCGUACUAGCAAGAAGCGAAAGAAAAUAUCGCCAAAGGAAAAGCAUCGGGUUGAAAAGUUGAAAAAAAUUGAGGAGAAAUAUUUCGGGUUGGACGAGAUGGACGAUUUGGGUGAGUAUGAUUCGGAGAUGGAAAUAGAACGGGACGAUAACGUCGAUGAUGAUUACUCGGAAAAUGAUGAGCUGUACGAUUCGGAUGAAGAUGAUUCGGACGGGCCCCAAAAUGAAGCUGACCGGAAAAACGCAAAACGAGUAAAGUUUGCAUCUGGUGAAAGCACAGCAAAGAAAAGCAAAAAAGGAAAACAACCCGAAAGUGAUUCCGAGGAGGAAGAUGAUUAUGAUGACGAUGAUGAGUUUGAUGAUGAAGAAAGUGAAGAUGAGGAUCUAAGUAGCAGCAGCAGCAUGCUAGAUGGGAAAAUGGCAAGUAAACAAAGUAAAAAAGAAACGCAUGAUGAAGGUGCGGGACGUUUCGUUUUGUUGAAACCCAACAAGGAGAAGCAAUCGAAAAAUGGGAAAGAAUCUGGUAAAAAAGAUUCGAAAAAAGCGGUUAAACACAAACCUACCUCCGAUUCGGAAGAGGAACCAAGUUUCGAUGAAGACGAUGAAGAUGAUUUUGACGAAGAAGAUGAUGAUGGAUUGGACGAACUGCUCGAGGAUGGAGGAUCUGAUUCGGAUGAACUCUCCAACGAUGAAAAGAAAUCCCCGUCCAACGAUGAUGGAACCUGGGAGGAUAUUUACGGUCGAAAGCGAGACAAAGCGGGCAACAUCAUUAAGGAGGAAAGUGCUGGUGGAACCGGUGGCAAAUACGUACCACCACACAUGCGUGCCAAGCUGGAAGCGGAACAGAUCGCGAAAGGAAAAUCGGCUGAUCCGAAGCAACAGGAAAAGCUGCAACGUCUCAAACGCCAGCUGAAGGGUCAAAUCAAUCGUUUGGCUGAAUCGAACGUGCACCGUAUUUCGAUCACGCUCGACAAUCUGUACAUGCAAAAUUCACGCUACGACAUGAACAGUACACUAACGACACUGAUACUGGAGGCAACGGUUGUACCGACGCUAACACCCGAACGGAUGGUGCUCGAACACAUGCUGCUGGUGGCCAUACUGCACGCGAACGUAGGCAGCGAAGUUGGUUCCCAUUUUCUCGAGACGAUUGUGGAACGGUUUCUGGAAUUGCACAAACGGAUCGAAACGAUCGCCAACGAAGCGAAGGAGUUGGACAACUGUGUGCAGCUAAUGUGCCAUCUGUACACGUUCGACAUCGUGAAAUGUAAAAUGGUGCACGAGGUGAUGCAGAAGCUGAUUGGCUGCUUUAACGAGAAAGCGGUCGAAUGCAUUUUGCUAGUGCUGCGUUCGGUCGGUUUCAUGCUGCGCAAGGAUGAUCCGUUGGCGUUAAAGGAUCUGAUUAUCACGAUACAGAAAAAGGCCGCUAAUGCACCGGACGAGCUAAAGAAUGACACGCGAGUAAAAUUUAUGCUGGAAACUCUGCUGGCAGUGAAAAACAAUAACAUGAACAAAAUACCCCAGUACGAUCCGACGCUGGUGGAACAUUUUCGCAAGCUGCUCAAAGGCAUGAUCACGAGCGGGAAGUACGUUUCGACGUUAAACAUCGGAAUAGAGGAUAUCAUUAACAUACCGGAGCGUGGCAAAUGGUGGCUGGUUGGUUCUGCCUGGCUUGGCAAUAAGGAGCUUCCUUCCUCCGCUGCUGCCGGUACAAAUGCGUCCGCUUCAGCAGAAGGACAGUACAGUGCGCAGUUGCUGGAACUUGCCCGUCAACAACGAAUGAAUACGGACGAUCGGCGAAACGUGUUUUGCAUCGUAAUGAGCGCGGAAGAUUAUCUCGAUGCGUUCGAGAAGCUGCUCCGGCUUGCGAUUAAGGACCUGCGCGUAGUGGUAUCCGUCAUCAUUCACUGCAGCCUGGCAGAGAAGGAGUACAACCCGUACUACAGUGUGCUGUCGCAGAAGUUUUGUGAUUUUGAUCGUCGCUAUCAGCUAGCCAUCCAGUACGCACUGUGGGAUCGGUUGAAGGAAAUUCAUGCACUACAGCACCAGCAGCAAGUUCGCAACCUGGCCCGGUUUAUAACGCACCUGAUUGCGGAAGGUGGGCUUGCACUGUCCUGUCUGAAGGUGAUUGAGUUUGCCGAGAUCGAUAAGGUUAAUUUGCGGCUGAUGCGUCAGAUCAUGCUGGGCCUGUUGCUGCUCGAGGACGAGAAUAAGUGUUUGCAGGUGUUUAGUCGCAUUUCGGCAAGCAAUAAGCUUAAAUCGUUCAAGGAUGGCAUAAGGCUGUUUAUGCACCAUUUUCUCGCACGCGGCAGCAUGUCGCACGGGCAACUACCGGACGAACAGGUACAGUUGCUGCAGCAACGUAUUAAGCAGGCUGAUGAGUUACUAUCAACGGAUACUAAGAUCGAGUUUGAUGUUUAGAGAAGAGCGAUAAAGUUGUGUUGCUUAAAAUAAAUCAUUCAUACCGA